AUGAGCCGCCUGGCAGCGCUGCGGGAGGGCUACGAACGCUUCGACCCCGCCGCAUACCUGCACAACAACUACCUGCCCCCCCGCGCAGACUUCUCCUCCGAGGACUUCGUGGUGCCCUGGAAGCUGCGAUGCUUGGCUGAGACCUUUGCCAGCGGGGAGAUCCACGGCCGCACGCUGCUGGACGUGGGCUCAGGUCCCACCAUCUACCAACUGCUGAGCGCCUGCGACCACUUCGAGGAGAUUGUGGCCACAGACUACCUGGCGGUGAACCGGGAGGAGCUGCGGCGCUGGGCACGGGGCGAGCCUGGCACCUUCGACUGGAGCCCUUUCAUCCGGCACGUCUGCAAGAUCGAGGGGCGCGGGGAGCCCUGGCAGGAGAAGCAGCGGCGGCUGCGGGCGCGGCUGAGGCGCAUCCUGCCCAUCGACGUGCACCAGCCGCAUCCCCUGGGAUCUCCUCUGUGCCCGCCGGCCGAUGCCCUGCUCUCUGCCUUCUGCCUGGAAGCCGUCAGCCCCGACCACGCCGCCUUCACCCGCGCCUUGGCACACGUGGGCACGCUGCUGCGCCCGGGGGGGCACCUGCUGCUGCUGGGGGCACUGGGGGAGUCUUUCUACCUGGCGGGGGCCGCUCGGCUGCCCGUGGUGCCGCUGGCAGAGGACGACGUCCGAGCCGCCCUGGCCGAUGCCAGCUUUGCCCUCCGCGAUUUCCGCUCCUACGCCAUGCCCCCCGCGCUCCGCACCGGCGUCGAUGACGUCGAUGGAGUCUUCUUCGUCCAUGCCCAAAAACCGCUGGAGGCUUGA